AGUGUUAGUACAACAAUUUCAUUACAAUUAUUUUUAAGAUCGUGUCGUGCUUAUGAAACUGAAGAAUGGCAACACUAAAAUUAAACCCAGUGAUCUUAACUAUAUUUAUCCUAAUAAUAAUAACAACACUACUUUUGAGGACGAUUUUCCAUGCCAAGAAAUGUCUUCCGGGACCUUUUAAUUUGCCAAUUUUAGGUUACUUACACAAACUAGAUCCAGCAGGCCCACACUUAACCUUAACAAAGCUUGUUCAAAAAUAUGGACCUGUUUAUUGGGUUAAACUUGGCUCUAUUAACACCGUCGUCAUAGCCGACGCAAAAAUACUGAAGAAGUUGUCAGCAAAGGACGAAACACUUGGAAGACCUCCCCUCUAUAUUUUCUACACCGUAUUUGAUGGCAAAGGUAUCAGAAUCCAAGUAGAAUUUUGGAAAAUUUACAAUUGUUGUAGGGAUUCUUUCAUUGCCUAUUGAACAACUGAAAGACCAACGGAAGUUUGUAACAAUUUUUUAAGAACGAUAGGAGCCAGUAAAUAAGAAAACGAGUGAGGCGUUAAUAAGAAAACAUGUUGAGGAAUUUGUACAGGUUUUUAAAAGUCGAAAUCGUUGUGUGUCAAUGGAUCCUUCAGAAUAUGUAUCCUGUUGUGUUAGUAAUAUCGCUGGUAUGAUACUUAUGGGCAAAACAUUUUCGUUGGACGACAAGACGGUUACUGAUUUGGCAGAGAACCUUGAUAAAGUAAUUGAAGCCAUAGCUUUUGGAGGUCCAUUAAAUUUUUUGCCAUUUUUACGUUUCUUACCAAUGUUCAAAAGAACACUAACUUCAUUAAAAAAGUUUGUUCAUAUAAUACGUGACGUUCAAAAGAAACUAAUAAUUGAAUGUCAAGAGUCCAUGUCCAGGGUCAAAACUGAUAUUGCAACUAAUCUUAUUUAAGCAUUUCUCCUCCAGAUGUCUAGAGGGAGCCCUGAACACAUUUACAACCAUGAUCCUCCUUUGGUUGGAUUUUAUUAUAUCUGGCCCAGUACGAAGAAGUGCAAAAUAAAAUACGACAAAAACUUCUAGAAGUAGUGCAAGGUAAAACAGUAGAAAUGGAUGAUUUUGUGAACUUACACUAUACUAAAGCAGCUAUUGCUGAAGUGGCUAGAAUUAGAACUGUAGCACCGUUUGGAAUACCACAAUGGGUAUCCGAAAUUGUUUAUGUGAAAGGUUUUACAAUUGCGAAAGAUACAAUGACAAUGCCUUUAUUAUGGGCAAUCCACAUGGAUCCAAAAGUUUACGAGAAUCUCGCCCUGAACGAUUUCUGGACGAUGAGGGAAAAUUCUUCAAACCGGAAUCAUUCAUUCCCUUUCAAACCGGUAAAAGAAUGUGCGCUGGCGAAGAAAUAGCAAAAAUGAUGAUGAACAUAUUUGUUGUUAUUGUGGUGAAGAAUUUUAAACUUGCACCGCUUGAUUUCUCUUCGAUAGAUUUCACUGGCAUAACUAAGGCUUCUCUCGCUCCAAAACCACAGCAAAUAAUGUUUAAAAAGAUAUAAAUGUGUAUAUAAUUAAGGAUACUGAACAAUAUCUUUUAUUAUAAUUAUUUUAUAGUGAAAGAAAACGGUGCAAGGUCAAAAGUUAAACUUGCACCUGGUUUAAAAAAACUUGCUUCCAGUCUCUUCUUCUUUUUAAAAAAUAAACUAGUCCGGUCGGAGGAAAACCGGCCGAUUAAUAACUCUAUAAAUGAAGUAUUUGCUUCUUACUUAAACAAAUAAGUGUGCAAUUUGAAAAACAUGGCCACCACUAUUUUUAUCAUAAUAAUUAUCGUAAUUCAGCUUUUGGUGAAAAUUGUCCUCGACAAAAAAUACCUUCCAGGACCUUGGAAUUUACCAGUGAUUGGUUACUUACAUAAGUUAGAUCCAUCAGCACCUUACUUGACUCUGACAAAACUUGCCCAAAAAUAUGGACCGAUUUACAAGAUCAAACUUGGCAUGCUUAACGUUGUAGUCUUAGCUGACGCUAGAAUAUUAAAAAAGGUAUUGGCAAGAAACGAAACACUUGAAAGAUCGCCUCUCUAUUUGAUUGAUACCGUAUUUGAAGGCAGAGGUACCGUCUGUAACGAAACAACAACAAAUCUUGUCGAUUAUUGUAGGUCUUGCACAUGCUAACAUUGAUCUAUGGAAAGACCAACGCAAGUUCGUGUCAAAUUUUUUAAGAGCUGUAGGAGCCGCAAGAGUUUCUCCUAAUAGGAAUACUUGUGGGACAUUGAUAAAAAAAAUGUUGAUGAGUUUGUACAAGUAAGCUAGAAAAAGAAAAAUUGGCACAUGCAUUUUUUCCACCACUUAGGUUCUAAAAAGUCCAGCCUUUUGCAAACCAUUGGAUCCUUCAGAACUGGUAACCCAUUUAAUAAGCAGUACCGCUAAUAGUUUAUUUCUGGGCAUACCAUUUUCUUUGAGUGACAAGAAAGUUACUGAUUUAGCACGGAAUAUUCGCGCAUUCACUGAAUUACACUAUGCAACACUAAAAAAUUCACAGAAAGUUCAGAUAGUGUUUGAGGUUGGGUAUACUCCAUAUAGUAAAGAAAAAAAUGUUUUAUACUCACAUCACAUCACAAAACAUAGAUAACGGGUGUUUUGUUUUUCUUACUUUUUGGGACACUUGAUUGCAUUUAAUCGUAAAAAUAUCGCUUUUAUGUACCCACCCAUGCUUGCAGACUUCUGUUGGUGUCUUCAGAGGGAUACUGCGAGAUCUGACUACAAUAGGAAUGCCAAUCGUUCGAAAAAAAAGACCUUUUUCAAUGAAAAAUUAAGUAUUGUUUUAUUAAUUUUGUAUGAUUUCAAAAAAUUCAAUAAACACUUUUCAUUUUGAUACCUGAUAUGAUAGCUUGGGUACCUAUACUCCAUAUAGUAAAGAAAAAAAUGUUUUAUACCCAUAUCACAUCAUAAAACAUAGAUAACGGGUGUUUUGUUUUUCUUACUUUUUGGGACACUUGAUUGCAGUUAAUCGUAAAAAUAUCGCUUUUAUGUAUCCACCCAUGCUUGCAGAGUUCUGUUGGUGUCUUUAGAGGGAUACUGCGAGAUCUGGCUACAAUAGGAAUGCCAAUCGUUCGGAAAAAAAAGACCUUUUUCAAUGAAAAAUGAAGUAUUGUUUUAUUAAUUUUGUAUGAUUUCAAAAAAUUCAAUAAACACUUUUCAUCUCCAAACCUGAUGUGAUAGGUUGGGUACCUAUACUGCAUAUACUAAAGAAAAAAAUGUUUUAUACCCAUAUCACACCACAAAACAUAGCUAACGGGUGUUUUGUUUUUCUUACUUUUUUUGACACUUGAUUGUAGUUAAUUGUAAAAAUAUAGCUUUUAUGUAUCCACCCAUGCUUGCAGACUUCCUUUGGUGUCUUCAGAGGGAUACUGCGAGAUCUGGCUACAGUAAGAAUGCCAAUCGUUCGAAAAAAAAGACCUUUUUCAAUGAAAAAUGAAGUUUUGUUUUAUUAAUUUUGUAUGAUUUCAAAAAAUUCAAUAAACACUUUUCAUUUUGAAACCUGAUGUGAUACGAUUCUUUCAAGCAUAAUCCUCAAUUGAGUUUGAGGUAAGAAAUUUUAACUGCAUACUGUGCAUUCUGUGAAUUUUAUUUUUUUUUAAUUUGUUGCAUAGUGUUAUUAAUGUUCGGAGCUCCACUGAACUUCCUGCCACUCUUACGUUUCUUACCACCAUACAAGAAAAAAAUAACAUUGCUAAAAGAAGCCGUUCAUAGAGUGCGUGACAUUCAAGGAAAACUGAUACACGAAUGUGAAAAAUCGAUUUGCAAAGAUUCUCAGAUAAAUCUUGUUAAGGUCUUUCAAUUACAGAUAUCCGAAGGCAAAUCUGACAAUAUUUACACUCUUGAUCAACUACAUCGCCUUUUGUUUGAUCUUUACGUUGCUUUUACGGAAACUACUAUAAAUUCCUUACUUUGGAUCUUCCUAUAUUUAGCCCAACACGUUGAAAUUCAGAACAAAAUUCGACAAGAACUCCUUUGGGUUUUACAAGGUGAAUUACUGGACUUUGAGGAUUUUGAAAAUUUGCAUUACACUAAAGCGACUCUUGUCGAAAUUGCCAGAAUUAGAAUUUUAUUACCACUAGGAGUACCGCACCAUACCUCCGAAAAUAUAUAUAUUGAAGGGCUGACGAUUCCAAAAGGCGCAAUGAUAAUGCCAUUAUUGUGGGCAAUCCACAUGGAUCCCAAAGUCUACAAAGACCCGGAAGAAUUUCGUCCUGAAAGAUUUAUAGACAGCGAUGGAAAGUUUUUUAAACCUGAAUCAUUCCUUCCAUUUCAAAGCGGUAGAAGGAUGUGCGUUGGCGAAGACAUAGCAAACAUGGUAACGACAAUAUUUGUGCUGGUGUUUUGCAGAAUUUUAAAAUCGAGCCUGUUGACUCUUUACCGUUAGAUUUUACUGGUACUUGCGGUGCCGCACUUAGCCCUAAAUUACAGAAACUUGUCUUCACGAAGAUCCGACGGGAUACUUUAAAAUGUAGAAUGUAGAAUGCAGAAUAUAGAAUUUAAAAG